CUGGUGUUCAUCCGAAAUAUCGCGAUACUCUGGGAGGGGAAGCAGAACAAACUGUAAGCUGCUGCCGGAGGAUCCAUCUUGCUUGGAGAAAAAAAAGGCAAAGGGUGAAGAGCUUUUCUAUUCAGAUUCAGCAAAUAAAAUACCCGUACUGUGCACCGGUGAAGGACGCUUGGGGAGCCCGAGGAGGGGUCCGUUUGUAGGAUGUCCCGACAUGAGGGUGUGAGCUGUGAUGCGUGUUUAAAAGGGAACUUUAGAGGAAGACGGUUCAAGUGUUUAAUCUGCUACGACUACGACCUGUGCGCGUCGUGCUACGAGAGCGGAGCCACCACCACCCGACACACCACAGAGCACCCCAUGCAGUGUAUAUUAACCAGGGUAGACUAUGACUUGUACUAUGGAGGAGACACCUUUUCAGUAGAGCAGCCCCAGUCCUUCACGUGUCCUUACUGCGGGAAGAUGGGCUACACAGAGACGUCUCUACAGGAGCACGUCACCUCCGAACAUGCAGAGACUUCCACAGAGGUGAUCUGUCCAAUUUGUGCUGCGUUGCCGGGCGGAGACCCCAACCACGUCACCGACGACUUCACAGCUCACCUCACACUCGAACACAGAGCGCCACGAGAUUUAGACGAGUCCAGCAGCGUGCGGCAUGUUCGCCGGAUGUUUCACCCCGGAAGAGGGCUGGGGGGGCCACGAGCACGACGGACAAAUAUGCACUUUACUAGCGGCUCCACGGGGGGGCUGUCAUCCUCGGCGUCACAGAGCUCCACCUACACCCCCAGCAACAGAGAGGCAAUGGACCCCAUCGCAGAGUUGUUGUCCCAGCUGUCAGGCGUGCGGCGUGCAGCGGGGGGGCAGAUCAACUCGUCCGGCCCCUCGGCCUCUCAGCUGCAGCAGCUCCAGAUGCAGCUCCAGCUCGAGAGGCAGCAGGCUCAGGCUGCGCGGCAACAAGUGGAGACGGGACGCCACGCCACACGACGAGGAAACAACCCCGGAAACCCCGGCACCGCCAUCCCCCCCCCGAACACCAACUCCUCCAACUCUGCCGCCGCCGGGGGGGAGAACAACCCCUCCUCCAAUCACAGCUCCCAGUUCCUAUUAGCACGGUUGAACGAGCCUAAGAUGUCGGAGGCGGAGCGUCAGUUCCUGGAGGGCGAGCGCGCCGACCGCAGCCUGUUCGUCCAGGAGCUGCUUCUGUCCACGCUGAUGCACGAGGAGAGCUCUUCCUCCGACGAAGACGAGCGGCGGGACUUCGCCAGCUUCGGCGCGAUGGGCUGCGUCGACAUCAUGCCUUUAGACGUGGCGCUGGAAAACCUCCAGCUCCGAGAGAGCAGCUUUUCGGGGAAAGAGCCUCCUCCUCCGCCGCCGCCGCCUCUUUGAUGUCCGAGCACCGAGCAGACUGUGUCCUCCCUGCUGCUUCUGUCAGUGAUGGGCAGCCAAUCAGCAGCAGUCCCCCACCCCCCACGCCUCACCUUCCUCCUCCUCCUCGUCCUCCUCUGAGUUUGUUUCUGGUGAUUGUAAUUUCAGGCCUGUCACCAUUUUUGUUACAUUGUAAGCAAAAAAAUAAAUGAGAGCAAGUGGGAUACAUGUGAGUGAGCGAGCGAGAGAAGAGAAAUAUCUAAAUAUAUAUAUAUAUAUAUAUAUAUAAGAUAUAUAUGAAGUUGAUAAUCAAUCCACAUUUCUUUUUUCGUUAUCAGGUAAAUGUUACAGGCACUCCUUUAGCUUCCUGUGACAUGCAAGCGGCUCUCCGUAUAUAAAUACUCCACAUUCAAAAGUCUAGAGGGCGUCGGCGCCUCUGAUGAAGCUGCUGUGUGUGUUCUUGACUAUUAAUAAAAAGUGCUUGGAUGGGUUCCCAUUACUACUGCAUGCAGUUAUUUGCAGCGUGCAUGACUUUUAAUGGCCCGGUCAUUAAGUAUCCCCAAAGCUUCUUUUUUUUAAAUUUUAAACACAGUUAAGUAUCGGAGACUGACAGACAAUGUAACUAACACACUCUCUCUUGGUUUAAUGUGAAGAGGAGGUAAUUGGAUUCUGUGUGAGAGCGACGAGCAUCAGGACGAUGUUCCCGAUUGAUAAGUUGCUCGUCACUAGCUUCAGGCGUUCACGCUGCUGAUGUUCGGACGAUGCUUGACACGGUUUGUUUGGUUUUUGUUUUUGUUAACACGAGGCAUUUUUCUUUCUGCUAAGUUUAGCACUUUGUAUUUAUUCAGUUUGUUUGUUUUCUGAUUCUCCCUCUGAGCCUCGAUGUGAAUCAUGCCACCUUCAUGCCUAUACUUUUACCCUCUAUGUAAAAAUUACAACGAGAUGUAUAUUGAAUUUGUGCGUUAACUUUCAUAAAGACAUGGGCAGAUAUUUUUUUUUUGUUUUUUUAAUGUCAAUUUAGAAUACAAUAAAUAUAAACUGCGCACAGCUUUUGAUGAAACCAAGACACCGUCA